CUCCGAUAGAACCAGCCAAAACAGAGACAACGCAAAACAUGGCGAAUACGGUGGCCGGAUUGUCUCCGGUUUUGGCUCCAAUUUAUUCUCCGGUAACUGUUAAUCGGAAGCCAAUCAGUUUCUACAAGCCGCAUCUUCUCUCGUACAAACAAAAACCCAUAUCGACGACUCUAUACAGGUCGAGAACUGCUCUUGUGAAAGAGGAAGCACCCAAGCAAAGGGAUCGCUCAUUUUCUGUUUUUGGGUCUCUCACUGAUGAUUCGGAGUUAAACGCAAUAGAAGAAUCAAAGGAUUCCUCAGAGGUUGCUUCCAUGGAUAUUAAGCUACCAAGAAGAAGCUUGCUUGUGGAGUUCACUUGCGAUUCAUGCGGAGAAAGAACAAAGCGGCUUAUCAAUCGCCUGGCCUAUGAACGUGGCCUCGUCUUUGUCCAGUGUGCAGGAUGUCUUCAGCAUCACAAACUGGUUGACAAUCUUGGCCUCAUUGUUGAGUAUGACUUCCGUGAAACCUCCAAGGAUUUGGGUACGGAUCAAGUUUGAUUAAGUUAUAUCGAAUCAAGUUUUGUUUUGUUUCUCAGAUAUGUUCAAGCUAGAUAUAUAUAAAAAAAUGUUUAUUUUUGAAUCAAAUGUGGUAUACAUGGGAAAAAAUGUAGCUGUUCCGAGUCGAUACAUCUGUUGAUUAUCAUGAGAGGUGGAAACUUUAGGCUGUCAUAGCCACAAGAAAGAGUAUUCCUAAUACCGUAUUCUGCAACAUUCCUACUCUUCCUUCAAGCUGAUUUAAUGCAUUUCCUCCAUUCUCGUUCUGGAAUGGUGAUGGUGCUGGAGCCGUGUCCUGGGAGUCUGUUAGAACUGGAGGAGAAGGAGGGCUCGGUGGAGUUGGUGCAGGAGCUGGAGCAUGGUGAUGCCUUUUGUGUUUGUGCUUCUUCUUGUGCUUGGCAGGAGCUGGUGCUGGAGCUGGUGUAAGUGUUAUUGGUGUUAUGGGUGUAGGCGCUUGUGCUGGUGGAGGUGAAGCUGGUGCGGGUGGUGGAGAAGUUGGUGCAGGUGGUGGUGAAGCCGGUGCAGGUGGUGGUGAAGCCGGUGGUGGUGAGACGGAUGGAGCUGAAACGGGCGGGCUUUGUGGUGGUUGUGGAGGCGGAGUUGUGGGGCUGCUUACUGGUGCUGCUUUUGGAGCCGGUGAUGAAGUUGGAGUAACUGCUGGUGGAGGUGUAGCUGAAAAGGGUGGAACAAUGGUUGUUGGAGGUGUAGCAGUGGUGGUUGGAGGCGGAGCAGUGGUGGUUGGAGGCGGAGCGGUGGUGGUUGGAGGAAGAGCGGUUGUGGUUGGAGGAGGAGCGGUGGUGGUGGAGGUUGAAGGUGAAGCGGCAGGUCCUUGUGCAAUGACACUAAAGGGAGAGAUGAUGAGAUAAGAAAGUAAGAGAAGAGACCAAAUGGUUGAAUGUGAAGUCAUUGUGUUUGAGAUGAAGGCUGCAGGAAACAAAUUGGUGCAUAUAAAAAAGCUUUAGAGAGAGAUUUGAGAUUUCUUGAAGUAUGAUUGAAAAAAAGUUUGGUGCAACGAUGGGUCGGUAGUUUUUAAGAGAUUCAGUCUUCAUCAGAAUGCUACGUUGCUUCUAACUAUUCUUAGCAGCAGCCCAUUAUAACGUACUAAUCAACUAAAAUGACCCCGAUAAUAAUCUGCUUUUGUAAUUAUAACGCG